UCUGUCCAGCUCUAAUGGGUGCGCAACUGCGCAAGAAAUAUUUUUGAAAAGUAAACUGCAAUCUGUAUGCUGAACGCUGCUACUCUGGUAUGACCUGAUUAUAAAGUAACAGGUAGUAAAGGGUGUGAUAAGAUUUAAAAAAAAAUGUCUUCUGAAAAUGAACCUGGAAAUACAGUCAUCGCCAGCAAGCCUGCUCUUAGCGAAAUGCAAGCCCUUAAAUUUGCUGAAUCAUUGUUUAAUUUAAAAGUUUCGAGUGUCAGGCCACUUCCAAGUUAUGAUGAUCAGAAUUUUCAUAUUCAAGCUUUGGUUGCAGACAAGACUGAAUACAGUGAAUAUGUGAUGAAAAUUAUUAAUGGCGAAGACAGCAAAAACACUGAAUUGAUUGAAGCUCAAACACAUGUCAUGAUGUUCUUGCACAAAGAAGGUAUUCCUACCCCUGAGCCCAUCUUCACGAAAACUGGAGAUAUUAUGUCUCUUGAACCUAUAGUGUAUGGAUCUGUGACGCAGAAACAUAUUGUGAGACUUCUUACAUACCUUCCUGGAAUACCCAUUGCAAAAACUGUAGCAACUCCUGAAAUAUUAUUUGAGGUUGGAAAAACUGCUGCAAAGAUUGAUGAAGCUCUUUCUAUGAAAUUCCAGCAUCCACAUAUAAAAAGUUUUGAUCGUGGACAGUUUCUGUGGAAUUUAUCAAAUACGCCAUUGCUGCGAAACUACAUGCAUGCUAUAAAAGAGGAGAGGCUGCGUGAUGCAAUUGAAGAAGUUAUCACACAGUUUGAAACUUCCGUAUUACCUAAAUUAAACAGUUUUCGCAAAUGUAUAAAUCAUGGAGACCUUAAUGACCACAAUAUACUUGUGCAGAAAACAAAUUCGACGUCUGAAAAUGCUCAGGACCAGUAUCAAAUAUCAGGAGUUCUGGAUUUUAGCGACAUGAGCUUGGGAUACUAUGUUUUUGAAGUAGCAAUAACUAUAAUGUAUAUGAUGAUUGAGAGCAGUGACCCACUUCAUGUAGGAGGAUUUGUACUCGCAGGAUUUGAAAGCAUCCUCCCGUUAACUACAGAUGAAAGACAAUCGCUGUUCAUUUUGGUGUGCUGUAGGUUUGCUCAGUCGCUUGUAAUGGCGAGAUACAGUGUUCUUUUAUUUCCAGAAAAUGAGGAAUACUUGAUGAUAACUGCAAAAACUGGAUGGAAGCAUUUGCUUACGCUAGUGGAUACGGGUAAAGAGGUUAUGGAGAAAACCUGGUUUGAAACAGCAAAGUCGUACAGCAGCAAAAGGAAUUAAAGCAACACAAAACCCACAAUUUUCAAUAUUCAGCUAGAGCAUUACUUUCUAGUUUACUUAUUUUAUCAGCUAACUGAACACAUUGGUAAGCAAAUGACACAGGCAUAUAUGUGCAGCCCCCAAUCAGCAGCUAGCUCCAGAGCCUACCUAGGUAUGCUUUUCAACAAAGGAUACCAAAAGAACAAAGCAAAUUAGAUCAUAGAAGUAAAUUGGAAAGUUGUUUAAAAUUGUAUGUCCGAUCUAAAUCAUGAAAGAACAGUUUUUGGUUUCAUGUUUCUUUAACAUAAACGUACUAUGUGUCAUUUUA